AGUAGGCACAAGAACGUCUUUGUAAAAAUCUUUUUAAAAUGGUCCGUAAAUUGAAGUACCAUGAACAGAAGUUGCUGAAGAAAGUGGACUUUAUUAACUGGGAGGUUGACAACAAUAUUCACGAGGUCAAAGUUUUGAGGAAAUAUCGCAUCGAGAAGAGGGAAGAUUACACUAAGUAUAACAAAUUGAGUCGUAACAUCAGGGACCUGGCCCAGAAAAUUCGAGACUUGGACGAGAAAGAUGGAUUCAGAGCUCAGAGCACGCAUCAUCUACUUGAAAAACUAUACAGCACCGGACUCAUCCCCACCAAACAGGAUUUGUCCCUCACGGAGAAAGUCACAGCUUCGUCAUUCUGCAGAAGGAGACUUCCUUGGAUCAUGGUGAAGCUUCGAAUGGCCGAGAACCUGAAAACGGCAAUCACCUUCAUUGAGCAAGGACAUGUGCGUGUGGGCCCUGAGGUUAUCACAGAUCCAGCAUUUCUUGUCACAAGAAAUAUGGAAGAUUUUAUUACUUGGGUGGAUUCUUCAAAGAUCAAACAGCAUGUCAUGAAUUAUAAUGAGGAGAGAGAUGACUUCGACAUGUUGGCGUGAAUUUUAUUUUAUUUUUUUGCCAUGUUCACUCUGCACCAAGCGAGGGUAAAAAAAAAAAUCUGAAAGUGACCCCACAGUGCAAAUUAGAAAGAAAAGUCUCACCACUCUCAAAAACAUCUUUAGUCUCCAUCCCUCAUUUCAUAAUUGCUAUGUGGUUCCUUACAUAGUCAAAAAUUGCACAUCUGGUAUGUCAUGUAGUUAUUUUGGACGUAAUAAAUUAUAAUUUGGUUGUGUGUAGCGACAAAGUUUCUGAGAUGCUCUUGUUUUGUAUGAACCAAGAAUAUCUGAGGAAUAUUGUAUACUUUCAUUAGCCAUAUUAUGAGGUACAGUGAUGUGUUAAAAAAAUACUUUGUAAAUGUAGGAUUUGGGGCUAUUGAAUGUCAUUAGAUUGUUGCAGGUAUGCAAAGUGUCAGAAUGUUUUCUAUCAAAUAUAUGUGGGUCACUUUCAUAUAAUUUAUCACUAAUGGUAAAGACUUGCCACUAUGAAUAUCCUUUUGAAAAUACAAUUUACUGAUUAUUUGAAUUGUUGGCAGUGAUUGUUCAAAUGGUAAUAAAUGUUUCCAAGAAAAAGUAUAUAUUGUAAUGUACUAAAUUUCACACUAUGAAUGCCAAAAUGUGUAUCGCUGUGGGUCCUGAAUGAAGUUUCAUGGUUUU